CAGGCAGGGCCUUGGCAGAUUCGGGAUGCGCUGAAUGGCUGGCGCGAGUGUGGCGAGGUGAAGGUACUGCAAGGGCCUUUGUCCUUCCCACCGGUCCUGUACUUGGUCACAGAGCAGCGAGAUUCCGUCUACGAACUCAUGAAGUCUGAGUUCUUGAAUGGUCAGCCGCUCUGGCGAUGCAAUGACCGUGGGACUGAAACUUGGCUUUACAGCACCUCUGAUGGCUUUUGGUGCCUUUCGCAGAAGGACAGACUCUUCUCACCCGAUGGAUACAGGCAAAAGGAUCCAGACGGUGUGUCCCUUCUUGCUUCGUGGGAGCCGCAGCUAGCGCAACCAACGCGGCAGCCUUGCGCAGUUCCUCUGGGCCACAGAGGAUUAAAGGAGUUCCCCAGCUUGUUCGGCUGCAGCUUGGGCACCCUAGCCUCCAGCCAGCCUCAUGGUGGUUCUAUGCCACACUUCUGCGAGGAGUGGCAGGUGCAGUGCAGCAGGGGUUGGGAGCCCAGCAGCGCUUUGCUUCAAACCAAUCCACCGGAGAGUCUGCCGGUCUUACACGUCGAGGCGGUCGACGGCAUUGUCUUGGGCCAUGAGCACUUGCUGGGCACGUAUUGGAAGGAGGGCGAGUUGCUCCACCACCGACCUGUGUGGCGCCCGAGUGGCUCCAAGGAUGGACCUUUGCUUUUCAGCACCCGAGACGGUCAUUGGCUACUGGAGGUGCACGAGACGGAUGAAGCAACGAGCGGAUUCCGCUGCGAAAGAGCCUCAUCUUUGCGGGUGACGGCACUGAAGCGUGGUGUGAUGCUUGGUGUGUAUGAAUCAGUACCAGGGGCGACUGGGACUUGGAGACUGAGCCGGCCGAAGGAGACUUAAGCAAGACCGAUUCGCAGCCUGGGUGGCUCCGCUUGCAGACGCUCUGACCUAGGCGAGAUCGAGAGCAACGUUUUAAUGACCAGACCGUGGCGCACCACGAAGUGGGAACUUGCUGCGGCUUUGACCCGAAACACACCUGUGACUCCGAUGAAGCGGGUGG